AUGAUUUCUCUCAAUGAUGUUGAUAAGAACAAAACAGAAAAUGCUGUUGAAGAUUCAAUAAGUACCACUCUCAACGAUGUGGAUGAUCAUCAAGCCUCAUCUUCAUCAUCCUCUACUCAACAACAACAAGAAACCGUAGAACAACAAUUUACUUCAUCGGAAGAGCCUCUUUUCCAUAAUUUAGGUGCUGAUGAUAAUAUGCCUUUGGAGAUUGAAAGUUUUUGCGUUGGAUGUGAGAAGAAUGGUGUUACACGUUUGUUAUUUACCAAAAUUCCUCACUUUAGAGAAGUAAUUAUUUCAAGCUUUAGUUGUCCUCAUUGUGGUUUGAGAAAUCAAGAGGUUCAAUUCGGAGGCUCUUAUGGUUCUUAUGGUGUUACAGUCACCUUGCACGUUGAAAAGAAGGAAGAUUUGAAUCGACAAAUUGUCAAGUCUGAUUAUGCUACUUUGAGAAUACCAGAAAUUGAUUUUGAAAUUCCAGAAAACACUCAAAAGGGCACAUUGACCACUGUUGAAGGAGUAAUCUCAACAGCUAUUGAAAACUUGUUGGAAAAUCAACCAGCUAGAAGAGUGGUACAGCCAGCUGUUGCAGCAAAGAUUGACGAAUUUAUUGAAAGAGCAAGAAAAUUAAUUUCUGGAGAAGCUUUCCCAUUCACUCUGAUUAUCGAUGAUUAUUCUGGAAAUUCUAACAUUGAAAAAUUAGUCACACCACACGAUCCUCAAAUCUUAAUGAAGCAUUACGUUAGAAAUACGGAACAAACUGAAAAGAUGGGUCUUUCUCUUGGAGCUCAACAUUACUUAGAGGGACAACAACAGCAACCAGAGGCAACAAAGCCCACAGCAACAAGUAGCAAUGAGAAGCAACUACUUGCUAGUUUUUCAUCGAUCAUUACCAACGAGAAAGAUGCUGAAUUGCUUCAAGAAAAGUUGAGCACGCCAGAUGAAAUUUUCACAUUCACCGAAAAGUGUUAUGGCUGUGGUACUGAGGGUAUUUUGAGAAUGAUGCCUCUCGUUGUUCCAUACUUUAAAGAAAUUAUUUUAAUGGCAUUCAAAUGUGAUCAUUGUGGAUACAAGACAACUGAGGUUAGAGCAGGAGGUGCCAUUUCUCCACAAGCUACCAAGAUCACUCUCAAAGUUUCCAAUCCUGAAGACUUGAGUAGAGACAUUUUGAAGAGCGAGACAGCUUCAUUAGACAUUCCAGAACUUGAAUUGCACGUUGCUCAAGGUUCUCUAGGUGGUAAAUUUACAACUGUUGAAGGUCUUUUGAUGAACAUUAAGGACAAGCUCACUGAGGUCAAUCAAUUUAGAGUGGGUGACAGCACCAGAGAAAAGGAAACGUUUAGUCGAUUCUUGGCUACACUCGAUGACAUGCAAAACGGAAAGCUCCUCCCUUGGACUCUUAUUAUUGAUGAUCCUGUCUCCAACAGCUAUAUUCAAAAUUUAUUCGCUCCUGAUGACGAUCCAUUCUUGACCAUUGAGCACUAUGAUAGAACAUUUGAACAAAAUGAAGAUCUUGGAUUGAACGAUAUUAAGACAGACUAA